CAGUACUGUUGAGAGUAUACAGAAUGUUCAUAUUAUGGAGAUCCCUGUAUUUGAUAUUCUACAGAAGGAGAUUCUUAAAGUACUUCAAGAUAGAGAACAAUUCUUUAGGGAGAUUACUAGUUCUGUAGAGCAGAAUAUUGCCCUGAUGCAGGAAUGGUUAAAUAUUGCUAAGCAGGCUUUAAACUAUAAGGGUGAUGAGGGUUCAGCAAUUUUUGGAGAGUUUAUUUCUAUUUCAAGCAUUCUUCAUACAGGAUUAUCAACAAUUGUUGCGCUAACAGAACAAUUUUUCCGAGCUGUUGAAAGCUUAACAGCGAUAAAAACUCAGUUUAUCAACUCCUUUGUAUCUGGAUCAGGAGGUGAGGAACUCCUACUCCGGGCCCAGGAUUUCACAGUAGGAGAACUACUCCCAGCUAAGAUCAACUUCAUCAUGAACGCGUACAAUAACAGUGAAGGGAUUGCUAAGAUCUUCGGUGAGAUGGUGAAGAACGCGAAUACGUUGCUGGAGACCAAGUACAAGGUGGUCCAGUCCGUGGUGGAGUACGGGGAGAACAAGAUGGAUCUUUUCAGAGACUCUCUAGGAACAAACCUGACUUUCUACGAAGUUCUGGAUUCUCUACAGAGAGGAACUCUACUCAGUAAAAUUAAUGUCGGUCCUAAACAGAUCCGCGGGGACUUUAUACCCAGGAUGGACACAGAGAAGAUUAUAGGAAACCUAUUGCGGAUGGGUGACCCCACUCUACCUAUUGUUAAUAUUCCGGUCAAAGAAAUGUUUGCAAACACUGAACGGAUUCCGCUGAAAAUACGCCCCCUGGACAGACGGAAAUACGUAAAUCAAUGGCUGACCCAUCAGCUGACCAACAAUGCCAUGUACACCUGGUUUACGUUUCAUGUCAAACGUGGUGAGGGUGUACUGGAGACCUCAUCUCCUCCAAUGCAGCUUGGGAAUCCAUGUGGACUAGGAUAUAGGUUCCAGGGAGGGAAGGGUAGAGCUAGUAUCAGUAAAACUAGUCAGGUGAGUUUGACCGCAGGGCCGGCUUUUGGUUACGGUCGACCUCCGUCAUUGGAUAUUGUGACCUCGGCUUGGAUUGAUAUGGGAGUCAGCUACGGCUCGAAGGUUUCAAUAACUGGUUCCCAGAAUGUGUUUGGUAAAUGCAUUUCUAAACUGGUGAAGCUGGUUAAUUUCUACGCUGCAGCUAAAACUAGAAGUUAUCUCUCUCUCAAGUUUUCUAUUCUAAACAUGAGACUUGAUACUCGUUAUACUGAAGUAGAGGGGAUGCCAAGAGGAGUCGCAGUUCCUCAUAUUGUUAUUCAAUUUGCAGUACACUUAGCGGGAGAAUUGUACACUUUGGAUCUUGAGUCCUUGAAAAUAUCAAAUUGCCAUUUGAAGAUAAUGGGAGUUACACUGUUCUCCUACUGUGGACUCAUAGAACGAUUGCUCUGGAGUGAGCUCAGAGGUGCUUCAAAAAAGUCUCUCCCUUUCUCCUCCGCGAAGGUGUUGAGGCAGGUGGAGAAGGCUCUAAUGUCCAGGAUUGGUAAUGAGAUGGUGAUUCCACUUUUUGUUCUGGAGGAUAGACCUGUUGAAAAGUUCCUUAACACGGCAAAUAAUAUUAUUAAACUCGGAGAAAGCCUGCUGAAAAACGUGACAAUGUUCCAAGGACAGAUGGCAGAUAUUAUGAGAACGUACUACUGAAAAAUGACAAGGACAGAUGGCGGAUAUUAAGAGAACGUAAUAUGAAACGUGACAAUGUUCCAAGGACAGAUGGCAGAUAUUAUGAGAACGUACUACUGAAACGUGACAAAGUUCCAAAGAUUUAUUGCGGAUAUAAUGAGAACGUACUUCUGAAACGUGACAUUGUUGCAAGGACAAUUGGCAGCCAUUUCAAGAACGUUACAAAAGAUGGUGCUAUAUUAUGACAAGGCACUAUCUGGAACUUGACAACAAUCUAUUCUAUAUUCCAACUGAAUUUUGACAACAUGCAAAUAUUUUGAAACGUUUCUGCUAAAACAUAACAGUGUUCCAUGGACUUAUUAAAGAAAUGGCAUAUAUAAUAUAACAUAUUACUGAAAUGUAAAAUCGUGCCAAAGGUACUAAUGUAUAAUAUUAAAAGAACUUACUGAUGAAACGGAAAAUUUUUUCUAAAUCUAGAAUUGAAAAUUCUAAAAUAACGUAUUUUUGAAACGUCUAGUGUUCAAGCAAAGAGCUAUUCAAAAUUUCAGGAUAUUUACACUGUUGUACACACUAUUUAUACCGUUGUUUUAUCCGAACAAUUAAAAGAUUAAAGAAGCUUAUCAUGAGAUUUUAAGACAAAUACUAUGUGCCAGGAAUAUUCUGGUGAAAUUCUAAGUUUUUCUUGAUUGCAUACACCUAAAGUUCAAAUUAAUUUGUUCAUUUGGAAAUGCCAUUUGACAUCUUUAUUUUGAUUUUCUCAAAUACUCAAUGUUUUCCUAAUCUCUUUCUCACCAUUCACCUCAGCUAUGAACUGAGGUGAACGGUGUUCUGUAGACUCUGUAGGGUAACUCUUUAUACUUUACACAAAAAGCUUAUUCAUUGAAAAAAAUAAUUAACCAAAUGUAAUGUCAUACAUUGAAAACCAGAAAACUGUGGUAUAAGAAAACGGCACUAUAACACUAGUAAAUUAUAAAAUCAAUUAUUAAGUGAAAUGGGUCUGUUUACAUUGCACAAUGUGGCUCAUGUUUAUCAGAUUAUUUAAAGUCAUAACUUGAGUCUAAAAGUCGUCUUUCUAUUCCAAAAAAAUAAUGUUCUCACUGUAUCAUAAAAGUUUUACCCCUUGUAUAGAUAAUCCUGCAUAUUUGGUAUUAAAGGGACAACUUCUGCAAUAUUUAACUAAAAAUUGCAAAGCUGCAAUUUAAGAAGUUUACUUUAGAGCUUUAAAAAAGUUAGUUAUUUCACAUUUUUUUUUAUUGUUUUUUACCUCUCAUUUGUCUCCUUACUCAUUGUAAAAAAAAACUUUGUAUUGUACCAUAUGUAAAUUGUAAAUUAAUACGAUGUUUUUAUUGUAAAAAUAUGUUGAUGCUAAAAUUCAUACAAUGUCCGUGCCAUACAAUAAAAAUUGAAACAGUC